AUGUCUGUUGAUAUUGACGAAACCAUCACGAUCCGUGAAGUUUGGUCCGAAAAUCUGGAAUCCGAGUUCGAAUUCCUCAGAUCCGUGAUAGAUCAGUACUCUUACAUCUCCAUGGACACGGAGUUUCCCGGAGUUGUCUACCGUCGAUCUGUAGAUCCGGCAAAACCGUAUACGCAUCGACAGCCGUCGGAUCAUUACAAGCUUCUUAAAUCAAACGUCGAUGUUUUGAACCUGAUUCAACUCGGUCUCACACUCACCGACGCCGCUGGAAACCUUCCGUGUGACGGCGAGACUCACCGGCGUUUCAUCUGGCAGUUUAAUUUUAGCGAUUUUGACUUGGCGUGUGACCAGUACGCGCCGGAAUCGAUUGAUUUGUUGAAACGACAAGGGAUUGAUUUCGAACGGAAUAGUUCGGAAGGUAUCGACUCGGUCAGAUUUGCUGAGUUGAUGAUGUCGUCGGGACUGGUUUGUAAUGACUCGGUGAGUUGGGUGACGUUUCAUAGCGCGUACGAUUUUGGUUAUUUAUUGAAGAUUCUCACGCGCCGGGAGUUGCCGCGUGGAUUAGAUGAGUUUUUGGAGAUUUUGAAGGUGUUCUUCGGCGAGAACGUGUACGACGUGAAACAUUUGAUGAAGUUCUGCCGGAAAAACUUGUAUGGUGGGUUGGACCGGGUGGCGAAUAUUUUGAAAGUGAACCGGGUUGUCGGAAAGUGUCAUCAGGCCGGUUCAGAUAGUUUGUUGACGUGGCACGCGUUUCAAAAGAUGAGAGACGCAUAUUUCGUCGACGUUAGGACGGAAAAGUAUGCCGGCGUUUUGUAUGGAUUGGAGGUUUAUUAG